AUGAAUGUCAACCUGUCUGACUUUAACUCGUCUUCAAGUUCAAUUCAUCCCGUCCAAGUGACGAUUGGGAUUUUGAGCAGAAAACGCGAAAAGUUAUUCCUGCGCCAAAGUCAUAUGCCUCGACGAACAAAAUUGCCUUAUUGCGUAUUUCAGAUCGAGAAACAAAAAUUAAUGGAAUCUGGUUGCUUCGUCAACGGAAAUCUGACCAUCGACUGUGAGAUUCAAACUUUGAUUCAAAAAGCUCCUGUAAAACUAACAGGCCAGUUGUCUACUGUGGCAGAUUUCCAUGAGAAAACCUGUGGUAACAGUGAUCGUCUGGUAGUUGCCAAACUGGAAGAACUCUUCGAAAACAUGAAGUUUUCCGACAUUACUAUUAACGUCCGUGGACGUCAAUUUCAAGCUCACAAGAACAUUUUGGCCGCAAGAAGUCCAUUUUUCGCCGCGAUGUUUGAGCAUCCAACUAAAGAAAAUUUAACGAACCAAAUCGAUGUUGACGACGUCGAGCCGGCCGUGUUUCACGAAAUCCUCCGCUUCAUCUACACCGGUCGACUGUCGGAAUCAAUAAUGGAGGAGAUGCCUUUUGAAAUACUUAGAAUGGCGGAUAAGUAUCUAUUGGACGAAUUAAAAAUGGAAUGUGAGAUUCAGUUGAUUCACCGAAUGUCGGCAGAAAAUUGUGUGGAAUUACUUUUAUUUACCGAAGAAAACCAUCCAGCGUUUCAUUUGAAGAAGUACGCCGUCGAAUUCUUCCGUAAUUAUUCCAGCGAAGUGAUGGCGUCGGGCGAUUGGGAAAAGGCCGAACAAGAUGAUCCCGUACAAUGUUUGAGUUUGGUGAAGGAGCUUGUCAAAUAA